GCACGCGGCUGGGGAGGCUAUGGCGCGGGCCUGGGCCUCCGGCGCAGAGGGAGUUAACCGGCCCGGGCGAGGAGGAGCCCGAAAAGGAAGGAAGGAAAUUGCUGCCGUUCUGUAAGUUUUUUCCUUCCUUCUUUUCCCUGCAGACGUGAGCGCCGGGAGGCGGCGGCGCUGAUUCUGCGGAGCCGGGCUGCGCUGCUCUGCUCCCAGAGCGGCCGCCCAACUGCCUGGGGAGAGGAACAGCUGUCGCGCUCGGAUCUCCUUCGUGGACCUCUUCCGAAAGGGUGCGCCGAGCCAUGGAGGGCGCAGAGCUGGCCGGGAAGAUCCUUUCCACUUGGCUGACGCUCGUGCUUGGCUUCAUCCUCCUGCCUUCGGCCUUCGGGGUGUCUUUGGGCAUCUCCGAGGUCUACAUGAAGAUCUUGGUGAAAACUUUAGAGUGGGCUACAAUACGAAUUGAAAAAGGAGUCUCAAAGGAGUCAGUUCUUAAAAACUCAGCUUCUGUUGGUAUUAUCCAAAGAGAUGAGUCACCCAUGGAAAAAGGGCUCUCUGGUCUGCGAGGAAGGGACUUUGAGCUGUCUGAUGUGUUUUAUUUCUCCAAGAAGGGAUUGGAAGCCAUUGUGGAAGAUGAAGUGACCCAGAGGUUCUCCUCAGAGGAGCUAGUGUCAUGGAAUCUCCUCACAAGGACCAAUGUAAACUUCCAGUACAUCAGUCUACGGCUCACCAUGGUGUGGGUGCUGGGCGUCAUAGUACGCUACUGUGUUCUGCUACCCCUGAGGGUUACCCUGGCUUUCAUUGGGAUCAGUUUGCUGGUCCUGGGAGCCACCCUGGUUGGGCAGCUGCCAGACAGCAGCCUGAAGUCUGAGCUGAGUGAGCUGGUGCACCUGACUUGCUGUAGGAUCUGCGUGCGAGCCCUCUCCGGCACCAUUCAUUACCACAACAAGCAGUACAGACCCCAGAAGGGAGGCAUUUGUGUUGCUAACCAUACCUCCCCAAUAGAUGUUUUGAUCUUGACAACAGAUGGAUGCUACGCUAUGGUUGGCCAGGUUCAUGGUGGAUUGAUGGGAAUUAUUCAGAGAGCUAUGGUCAAGGCUUGUCCACAUGUCUGGUUUGAACGCUCAGAAAUGAAGGAUCGACACCUGGUUACUAGGAGACUCAGAGAACAUAUUGCUGAUAAGAAAAAAUUACCCAUAUUAAUCUUUCCUGAAGGAACUUGUAUCAACAACACUUCAGUCAUGAUGUUUAAAAAAGGAAGCUUUGAAAUUGGAGGAACUAUACAUCCAGUUGCAAUUAAGUAUAACCCUCAGUUUGGUGAUGCAUUUUGGAACAGUAGCAAAUACAACAUGGUGAGCUACCUGCUUCGAAUAAUGACCAGCUGGGCCAUCGUCUGUGAUGUGUGGUACAUGCCUCCCAUGACCAGAGAGGAAGGAGAAGAUGCAGUCCAAUUUGCUAAUAGGGUUAAGUCUGCUAUUGCUAUACAAGGAGGAUUGACUGAGCUUCCUUGGGAUGGAGGGCUGAAGAGAGCAAAGGUGAAGGAUGCCUAUAAGGAAGAGCAGCAGAAGAAUUACAGCAAGAUGAUUGCGGGCAAUGGAGCUCUCUGAAUCGGACUGAAUGACUGAACUCCACCCUGGAGAUGAAACUUGACUCCCCAGAAUUAGCCCUGAGAAAUGGACUGUGUGUGUGUUUUUUGGAGGGUGGGCACUGUUUUGCAUUAUUGUUUUUGUUUUUUUAUUGUUAAUCUUUCCUACAGAAUGAUUGUCUCUACCUCUUUAUGCCAGAGGCAGAACCCACCAGUGCCGUUUUUGGCUUCCGCUGUUGUUAGAGCAUUAGCCUCAUGAAUGUCAAGGUGGUGUACUGAAUCUAAGCAGAUUCUGCCUUUUGUAAAAUGAUCAUGUCAUGGUUGAUUGAAUGAAAUAUUUGUUCAGGGAAAAGUGCUUCUAAAACACUUUGGGUAUUUGGAACUCGUUGAUAGGGUAGUUCCCAAAAAAUACCCUAAUCUCUAUUUUUAUAAUUAGCUUUCUCAAUUGCUUUCCUUACCCUUCCUUCAGUCGCUUAAGCAGUUGGGAUUCCUCAUCAGGUCAGGGUUACCAUCAGGGUCAUAUUCUACUUCAAGGUUGGAAAGAAAAGUGGAGGUUGGUAUUUAGGAGAAAGGACAAGUUUGUGGCCACCUGAUUGAAAGUUGAAAGCAAAUGUAAAUAUUUUUUACUGGAGUGUUCAGAGAGAAAUACUGUUUGCAAACUUUACCAAAGAAAAGUGAGUCCAGGUGACUGCAUGUGUGAUGGAUAUGCAGGCGCGGUGGGAAUCAACACAUUUUAGCCACCAACCAGUGAUAAAGUUUUCAGUUUUCCUUGUUUAUGUGCUGCAGAUCUAUACCUGCUGUCUCUCCCAUCUACUGAUUUGCUUGAUUUUGUAACAAAAUACAUUUUCAAAUAGGAGGAUCCUUUGAUAGUGACAACAAGUCACACUGAGUAGUGUCUUCAGCAGCUGGACGCAUGUGUGAAGUGUGCUGCACCUCACCCUCCACCCCUUUGCGGUUUAUGUCAGAAUGUUCCCAGUUUCUUAAGCUGAAAAAGUAAGUGGUAAAAUUACCUUUUGGAAACUGAGCCUUAAAUUUUUUAAAGGGGAAAAUAAGUGUUUCCCGACUCACACAGCGUAAGCAAUGUUUGGUAGCAAUAUAAUGCCGUGUUAAACUCCAAGAGUGUUCUCUCUCUUCUAGUAACCGUGUACAAAAUGUGAAACUGUCUUAGUGAAUAUAAAUAAAUUCUAUAUUUCUAAA